GUUUAUUAUUCGUUUCACUUGAAGUUUCAAACCUCUCUUUUCCAGCAGAGAGAAGGAUAAAAGUUUUCACAAAUUAAGUAAGACCCCUAAACUUCUAUUUUAUUUAUAAAGAGCCACAAAUAUUAUAAUUUCACAAAUACACCCAUGUGUUCCAGUUGUUUGAGUAAAAUCUACUUCAAUUGAUUUGCCAAAGGCUUGCCUCAUGGCUUAUUCUUCAGUACCAAGCUGUUUCCAUGGCUAUCUUCUCCAUCGUUGUUCGUUCUCCACCACACAAUUUUUCUCGGGUUCUCUCUCUUGUGGCUUCUCUGCUUCUACCAAUUCAAGACUAAGAACAUGUGUCAAAUUCGAGAAGUUUCAGGGUGACUCUCCUCUUGAACAGAACACUUCAGUUUCUUCUUCCUCUUCUGUUUCACAGGAACUACCAUUAGAAGAAGCUCAAGACCAACUAGAAGAAGAAGAAGAUGAUGAUGACUGUUUGCCUAAUGAUUUGGAAGGAGCUGUUAGGCAAUCAGGUGAAGCAGGUGCUGCGUUUGUGAACUCAGGAGGAAAUAGAGCUAUUGUGGAGCUUUUGAUUCCUCAGCUGCAGUUUUUAGACGAUGAAGGUGCACAAGCUGAACUUUGGGACCUUUCGCGUGUUUUCUUGGAGACUCUCAUUAAAGAAACAGGUUGUGAGAGAGUUAAAGCUGUAUUUCCAGACGCUGGAGCUGCUGCAUUGCUAAAAUACCGGUGGAAAGAUGCAACGUUCGGAUUUGCUAGCUUAAGUGACCGGAAACCUGUGGAGAAAGAAGAUGAGAUCAUUGUCAUGGUUGUUCCUGAUUACCAAAUGCUGGAAUAUGUUGAGAAAAUUGCUAAUGGGCUUGCUGAUGACCCGCCAAGGCCUCUCAUUAUGUGGAACCCUCGUCUUAUAAGCGAGGAAGUCGGGGUUGGGUUUAACGUGAGAAAACUAAGGCGUUACUUCCUAAGUUCAUUCACUACGGUUUACUCUAUGAGACCUCUGGCUGCUGGUGCUGUUUUCAGGUGUUAUCCUGGUAAGUGGAAAGUCUUCUAUGAUAACAAAGACAGACCAGGCCGAUACCUACUCGCUAAAGAACUCAUUGGUCGACCUGAUGCAGAGGAUCUUGAGAUAAUAUAUGGGGGAGUAGAAGAGAAAUCAGAAGAAGGGCCAUCUUUAAUGAGUCAAGCUGCUGGAAUUUUCUCAUCCAUUAACAGGUUCAUGAAAUCAAUGUGAAGAUGAUUUCUUCUCUGCAGUGUAAUACUAUUCACAUGUCCUGGUAUUAGAAAUGUAACCAAAGGGUAUUACUGUAUAUCUUUCUAUGCUAUUACAUCAUGAAGAGUAUAAUACGUACUGGUAAAGAGUUCUGUUCCUUCUAUACUUCAGUGAACCACUCUGGUCGAGAAAAUUAAUCCGAAUCAACCCAAAAGUCAGUUUUGUACCUAAACUGCAGUCUGCAGAUACUAUGUACUAGUUCUAUCAUCAUAACAUGAAAAUAUCGAAGUUUUGCAACUUGUUCUGUUUGCGAUUGACACUUUGUCUAUCCUAAGCUGGAAAUGCUACCUAGAGUUCUUGAGAGCCUUCAGAAUCUAAAAUGACUCGUCAUAGUGGUGGAUUUGGAUAUGACCACAGAAAGGGAGGAACUAAAACUUUCAUCAUCCGUGCCUCUGUUUGAUGUCAUCACUCAGAGUUUGCAGAUAUAAAGAAGCAGCUUCCGUGAAGUUCAAAGCUAAAAUGAAAGUGGCAAGGUACACUGUAGAGAACUCAGUGGUUAUCAGGAAAUUAACUUGUUCUGCAUUUGAGUAUUUCCAUGCUAGAACAAGGGUAUCUACAAG